AUGAUUUCCUCUUACAAAAGGAUGAGCCUGUAUCCAGGACCAAAUCGAAACCCCAGCAUUCUUAGUGAAGAAACGUUGUCGCAGACACAUGCAGCAAAGUUGAAAAAUGUUAUGUUGGAUAACACAUACAAAAUGGAACCUGACAGAAAUUCUGUAUUCCGAGCUAUCACAGUGAGACAGGCCGUUGAAUCGAUAUUAUCAGAAAUGGUUGGGGAUCAGAAAUACAGUGCUAAAGAAAGUCCAUUACUAUGCGUAGAGCUAGCUACAGAAAUAAAAAACAAAGUGAAGGCCAUGGGAUUCGAAAGAUAUAAACUGAUUUGCCAAGUGACUAUAUGCUCCCUAGUUGGACAGGGUGUUCGAGUUGCCAGUCGUUGCAUUUGGGACGAUAAACACGAUUCGUAUGUUUCUUGUAAUUACAGAAACGCUAACAUGUGUGUCGUAGCUAUGAUGUAUGGCGUUUAUCACGAGUAA